GCGCAAUAUUUUUCCCACCCGAGGGCAAAGCCUCAUAAGGCUACAAAUUGAGGCUGAUUGUGGCUUGAUGUUGAGGGAAACCUUCCUCUACUGCCAAGAGCCCACAUAUCUGAGGCCAAGAUGGAGGCCCUGCUGACAACCUCUUUCCCAAAAGCCCAGGGGGAAGAACAGAUCCCCCAUAAUGUUGAUCCCUGCUGUAUGAAGCCAACUAGCUUCCAUAGAUCCGUUUUGGGUCCGGAUACCAGGAAAGGGAGGGUUGUGCAACUAAGGACCUUGAUUCUGCAUGGAUCCGACUUGUGGGGAGGCCACAGGAGGGGGUUGGACUAGAUGGCCCUUGAAGUCCCUUCCAACUCUGCGAUGCACCACUGAAGAGCCUUUUUGGAGUGAAAUGCUGACGAUCUCACAACUUCCUUCUCCCCCUGAAAGUGAUCCUUGUCCCCUUGCACCUUGUGACUCCCAAAUAGAUAAGAGGAGAAGUGGCCUCUGUGACCGAAACAGACUUGUGCUUUAAGAGGGGACCAACGCAAGUCGAGACAAACUCAAGCAAGAGAGCCACUUGGAGGCAAGAUUCAUCCGUUUUCCACGUUUCUGGUAAGACGCGUUUGCACAUUAGACGUUGUCGCGGCUUCUUUUGUUGUCAAAGGCUUCUUUUGCAUGGCUGCUGCAAACCGUUCCAGGUGGCAUACUGCAGAGGGGACUUUGUGACGGGAUCUUGCGCUGAUGAUGCCCUCGCCUCCUGCUCUCUGGCUCUUUGGAAAGGCCACGAAUCCAUCCUGAUUUGGCCCAGACUUGGAGCUAAAGGAAUGAAGGCUGCAGCGCAAGGCUCUCCUGGGCUUUGGGGUGGGACUAGGGGGACCCCUGCCCUGACUCCUAAGAUGCUGAGCACCUCUGCUGCUGCCAGUUGCUUCCUUGCAGGAGGGAGGGGGCAGGCGGCUGUGGACCAUCUGGGCUAUUGCAUCCUGGACAUUUCUGUGUGUUCCCUUGGUUUGUUUUACCAGCCUCCAUCAAUUAAUGAGAAAGUAUUUCAGUCACUGAUGGCAUCCCCCAUUGCUUAUUCUUCUGUACUCUCUGCCCCUUUCUCCUAUUUUAAGACUGCCACAUGUGUGAGAUUGCUCUUAAUCCUUGCAAUUUGGGGGAGACCUGCAUCAGAUCUCUUUCUCUCCCUCUCUGCCCUACCUUUCCUUUGGCCUCAUCUUGGGGGAAAGCUGGGGGUGUCAAGAGAAACUGAGGGAUCUUCAAAGGGUUGGCAUCCUGCCCAGUUUCUGCAAGCACAAUCAGAGCAUACGUGGAACUCAGCUCCAACUCCACUUCUGCUAUCUCACACCUUUGGCUUUUCCCCCACUCUGUAUAGGAGGAAUCUUCCCUCCUUGCAAAGUGAUGGAAUGAAAGGUCUGCUGCCCAGGAAGAGAGGCUGAGAGCAGGUGGCAAAUUGCAGAACCCAUUUCCCUGGCAGAUCUCUUGUGCUGCUGAAAUGUGUACUGCCUUGAAGUCAGUUUAACUGAGGUGAUGAGAGUAGGCAUUAAUGCUUAUUUUUCUAAUCUAGCAGGAAUCAAACUUCCUAUGAGUGAAUACAAAAAUGUUGAUCAUAAGCAAGGUUAAUAUAGAAUAAAUACAAGACAGCAGGGCAUACAUUGAACAUGUAAACAAGGUUUAUAGUGAUUGCAGCUAAAGGCAGCAAGCCUGAAAUCUCCUUAGCAGAUUUUGUGAGCACAGGCAAAGUCUUGGCACUUAACCAGGGUUUGUGUUUGUUGACUUGGACAGAAAGGGAUGCUCAUCCAAUAUGCAGAUGACUCUGAACUGGGAAGGGUACUUAAUACUGAAGAAGAAAGAAUCCAUAUUCAAUAUGACUGUAACAGACUAAAGAACUGGGGCAAGACUAACAACACUAAUUUCAAUGGGGAUAAAAUGUCAGUUUCUGCACUUAGAAGUAAUAAACAGAUGCACAAAUAUAAGAUGGGGACACCUGGCUUGCUGGCAGUAUAUGUCGAAAGGAUCCAGGGGUCUUAGUAGACCACAAGCUAAAAAUGAGUCAACAGUGAGAUGCAGCAGUAAAAAAAAACCCCAACCUAAUUCAAUCCUAGGCUGCAUCAACAGAAGUCUAGUGUCCAGAUGAAAGGAAGUAAUAGUUCCACCCUAUUCUGCCUUGGUCAGACCUCACCUGGAAUACUGUGUCCAGUUCUGGGCACCACAAUUUAAGAAGGAUGUUGACAAGCUGGAAGGUGGUUGGGAUGACCUUCCCUGGUAGAAUAUCACAAACAUGUCUGUGGUGGGAUGAACAGCUGGGUGCUGGAGGCACCUAAUGCCCCAUCAGGUGUGGUCCUGGUCUCUUUGAAUGUGGGGUAAGGAUACUACUCUGAAGGAAGCCCUCCUUGGAUAUCUAAAUUUCUACGAAAAGGGAAAGAAUUGGGAGCAAACAUGAGCAGCCUUGUCUUGUAAGCUUGGCCCUGCUCUUCUCCCUUUUGACAGCUUCAAGAUUAUUCCAGCCACACACUCCUACCAAAUCUGCAACUGUUUCUGCCAACCCAUUAAUAGCCUGGCCAGUAAUCUGGCUGCUGCAUUCUAGACUGAUUGAUUUUUCCAAGAGGGGCUGGAUCUGGUGUGCAGAGUGAAGGGAGUUCAGACUGGGCUCUUCCAAGUGCAGUGAAAGCAAAAGAGGCGAAGGCACAGGGAUCUCAAGUUCACAGCUGGUCAAGGCCAGUUGUAAGGAAGGUUUCUCCCCAGCCAGAGCCUUUCCCAGAAAGGGAGAGAUUUCCUUUCACCAGUGUAAAUACAUCCCACACCACAGCUGGUUAGGGUUUUCUGGUCAGGUGUGUGUGUGUGUGUUGGAGAAUAUAAUUUCAUAAAACUAUCAUUUUGAUUAUUCCAUUUACUUUUGGGUUUAUAGCCCAGCUAAACUGAAAAGGUCUCUACCAGCCUUUUACAGUACAGAACUAGCUGCUUUUAGGGACUGCAUGUAAUGAAUGUCCGUUCCAGAACACUGAAAAGAAAAGAAUAAAUUGUUAUGGGGUCUAUGGUGGUCACCGUAUGCCUGAAAAGAGAAUCGGCUAGACAGGGCAACUGGGAUUAAUCUUGAAUUGUUUUGCAGACAGAUGGAAAAGGGUAUUGGGAGACAUUUAAUGAACAGGAAACGUAGUCAAAGUCUUAAUAAAGAAAGACACUGGAAAUGGUUAAAUGUAAAUGGAUGCUUUAGCUGAGAUUCCUGCAUUGCAGGGGGUUGGACUAGAUUACUCUAGGGGGGUCCCUUCCAAGACACCUGGAGUACUUUGUAAGGUUCAGGGCACCACAGUUUAGGAAAGAUACUGACAAGCUGGAACGUGUGCUGGGGCAGGAGACCAAGAUGAUGAAGGGUCAGGAAACCAAGCUUUUGGGGGGAGUGGUUGGGGGAGUUGGGUGUGGUUAGCCUGGAGAAGAGAAGACUGAGACAUGAUAUGAGAGCCAUCUUGAAAUACCUGAAGGGCUGACACAGGGAAGAUGGAACAGGCUCUUUGCUGCUGGUCCAGGGAGCAGGACCUGAACCAAUGGAUUCAAAUGUCAAGAAAUGACUUUCCAGCUGAGCAUUAGGAAGAACCUGCUGACGGAAGGAGCUGUUCGACUGUGGGACACACUUCCUUGUUGUUAGGUGGUGGUCUCUCCUUCCUUGGAGGUUUUCAAGCAGAGGUUGGAUGGCCAUCUGACCUGGAUGCUUUAGUUGAGAUUCCGUCAGGGAUUCCUCACCUGUGGGUUGCAGGGGGUUGGACUAGAUGACCUUUGGGUGUGCCUUCCAACUCUACAAUUCUGUGCUCCUCUACAAAAGAUUUUCUACAAGUUAUUUGACUCCCAUUGUGCCAUGAACUUCUUGGUGCAGCACAAGUAGUAAUAUAAGAGAGCAGCAACUUCCAUUUCAGCUUGUAUUCAUCAUGAUCAGUGCUGUUUUCAAUGCAGUUUGUUUCUGCCAAAUACUACUUUGUGUAUCUCGCUGUUAGCUAUGGCAGCAUCAUUCGUGAUUCCUGCCAUAAUUAUUGUUGUCGUUAUGUGAUUUGGCUGGCUGCAUGUGUGAGUUCCCCACUUUGAUAGCCUCCUUGAAUACUGCGCCAGAUAGCUGAGAUAUAAAACUGGUGGUGGUAGUGGUAAUGGUAAAAUAUUUCUCUACUAUCCGAAAUGUUCUCAGCAGGCACAAUUCUCUGCCAAACGGAAAUUCAGUGUAGGAAGCACCCAGUGGUUGUGCAUGGAAAAUAUUGAUCUUCCCUUCCAGCUCCUGUGACCCCUUGUGCCCCCCCAAACCCUUUCCAGAGGGCCUGGAUAGUGUCGUGUCUGCCAUACAGGGCUGCAGUGGGAUUCACCUGACUUUGGGCCUAGGAAUCCUGUCCAAGCAGAACCCCCAUUGGCACAUGAUCCCUUUGCCCAGUUUCAGGGUGAUUUCCCCUCCCACCUCAAUUCUGUGUGACACAGUCCGCUUUGUUCAGGGUGCAGGGAUCAGAGGAUAGAGUUUUCAGCUGCUACAGGGGGCUGUGGAUGGGAGGGAAGCAAGAAAAUGAUCAGUUGCACAAGCUUUCUUGAACAUGUGCAACUAUUGCAUACAAACUUCUAACCCCCCCCCCCAAUGAUGUGACAUUCCCCCCUCCCUUUUGGGGGGGUCUUGAAGGCAUGUUGGCCUCCCUCUUUGGAUGGUAGUGCUAAUCUUCCUCUUUUCCCCACACACUUUGCAUGCCGAAUAAUCUUUCCAGAGUCCUUCACACCUCUUGUUUCUUGCAGGGAGGUGAAGGCAGGAGAGCAACCUGGACCAGAGCCAUGGACAGAUCAGACGACACGGUUGAAAUACCAGCCCUGGGCCGCCCAUUCCAGCUGGGGAUGCUGUACGACUGUCGUAAAGAUGCCCUCAUCCCAGGUAGAGCUGGUGCAAGGAAGAGCUUAUGCUGAAAAGGGAAACAUUACUCAUAUCAAGAUUAGCAGUCGGCCCAAACAGUGCAGUUUCAGUGCUAAAUGUGCUCCUCUAAUUCAUUUUCAACAUCCCUUACUGUCUGCUUCCACAUCUUUUGCCAAAGUUUGUGUUCCUUUAUGUUCUCUUCAUUUGGACAAGAUUUCCAUUUAUUAAAAAGAAGGCCCUUUGCCUCCUAUAGCUUCUUUGCUCCUUAACCUUGCUGGUAUCGUCUUGGCCCAUAACAUCAUCAUCAUCAUCAUCUGCCAAUAAAGAUUCAGCAGGUGUGUUCUGUUUCAAUUUUUUAAAGCUUGCUGAAAACCUUUCUACUCCACCAGGCCUAUGCAGACCAUUAAGAAUACAUCUUUCCACAAUUAUUACUGUAGGUAAAAAACCAGGACUUUUUUUCAGCCAGAACCUCCCAGAACUCAGUUCCGGCACCUCUCAGGUGGGCACCAUUGCAUUAUAAGAGAAGAAGGGAAGCAUUCAUGGAGAGUUCUGGCAUCUUUUUUUCUUGAAAAAUACCACAUUAAACAUAAAAAACUUCCCUAAACAGGGCUGCCUUCAGAUGUCUUCUAUAGGUUGUCUAGUUACUUUUCUCCUUGGCUCAGGGGUCACAUAACUCCACACCCUCCAACAUUUCUCUGAUGAAAAUAAGGAUGUCCUAAGCCUAAGGGAAAGCGGAACAUUCAGGGAUCAAAUCAGAAACCGGGAUGGCUCCUGUAAAUCCAAGACUGUCGCUGGAAAAUAGGGACACCUGGAGGGACUGUAAUCCAUUGUGGUGUUCCUGUACCAAUAAAUUAACAACUUUCACCACUGUAACUGUUAUGUGUGCCGGUGUGGUUGCUCAAGAGCGAACAGGCAAGACUCCCACUGGUCUUUUCAAAGCUUUAUUAUCCAAAACAUUCACUGUGCAGAGCGUCUCAAUUGCAUGUCUGCUCAGUCGCUAGCAGAAUCUGGGAGUGGGCGGUCCUUAAACUUUUGACACCCAUCCUACGCCUCCCCUCUCUGCGCUUAAAUCAACUGCGCAGAGAGGGUGUGGGCAAAGGGGGACCUUCCUCCCCCUCGCUUUGCUCAGGCUCGGUGUUGCAGCUCUCUCUAGCAUCCUCCGAGCCCUGCAUCCCUUCCCCACUGGAGGCGUGGCUUCCCUCCAAGCCAUAGGAAGAGCUGCUAUGCACAAUCUUUGGAGGCUCCCUGUAACACAGCUGCUCUUCCACCUCUGAGCUGAUGGCAGUUCCCUGACAAAACUGCACAAACCUCUUUCGUUGCGGAUGACAGUGGGACAAAAUUCAUGAGUGCAGACAUUGUGGGCAAUGAUAGGUCUAUUUUAUCUCCUUGUUUCUCUGUACACCCUUAGCAUUAGGCUAAUUGUGUUCUACAUUUGUAUGAGCAUACUCAAGCCUUGCAUAUUUCUCUGCUUUAUCCCAGGAAUCACCCUUUGGGACCACGACUCGCUUCAGAAGGACUUGUGUAUCAAACCGCAACCCAAGGCUGAGUAUGAAAUCAUUGCAUCUGACUCCAUCGAUGAUAAGGCCUCUGCCCUCAAUGUCUCAGCAUCAAUCAAGGCCAGUUUUUUGGGGGGAUUGGUUGAAGUGGGUGGAUCAGCCAAGUUCCUUCAAGACACCAAGAAGUCCACGAAACAGGCCAGAGUCACUCUGCAAUACAAAGCUACCACCAAGUAUUCACAGCUGACCAUGAGCCAUUUGGGGAUCCGAAAUGUCACUUAUCCAGCUGUUUUUGAGCAUGGCACAGCCACCCAUGUUGUCACUGCCAUCUUGUAUGGAGCCCAGGCUUUCUUUGUGUUUGACCGAAAUGUCUCUUCUUCUGAGUCUGUGCAAGACAUACAAGGAAGCCUCCACGCUGCGAUCAACUUGAUUAAAAUCUCUAUCAAAGGGGAAGCAUCUGUUGAGAUGGAGGAGAAGGAGAAAGCCCAAACGGAGAAUUUCAGCUGCAAGUUCUAUGGGGAUUUUUCUUUGGAAAGUAAUCCGGUGACUUUUCCAGAUGCCAUGAAAGUCUACAGCGAUCUGCCCCAAAAGCUCGGGGAGGAUGGCGAGAAGGCUGUGCCUGUCAGAGUUUGGCUGUACCCACUGACCAAGCUAGAUUCCAGAGCAGCUAAGAUGGUGCGUGAGAUCAGCUUAACACUGAUCUUUGAUGCUCAAACUGUCUUGGAGAAUCUGAAUGAAAUCAACAUGCGAUGCAAUGAUCUGGCUAUGACUCCUGCUGCUGAAAAGUUCCCAGAAUUAAAGAAGAAAAUCAAUAGAUUCAAGAAUCUCUGCAAGCAGCACAGGCAGACUUUCCAGAAACACCUGGCAGGAAUCCUGCCUUUGAUCCGGGGAGGGGGGAAAGAGGAAAGAGUUCUGGUGGACAUUUUAAUGUCCAUUAACCAGUCUCCCUUCAACAGCCAAAGACUCAGUGAGUUUUUGGAUGCCAAGGAACGAGAGAUUAAUUUCGUGAAUUCUUACCUUAGUAUCCUAAGUGGAAUGGAAGUAAUCUCCUCCCAGAACAAACUGGAAGAAAUCGUGCUAAACCCUGCGAAUGAGUUUGUUGUCUCAUUUACCUUCACUUCUUUACAUGAUGAGGAACCAUUUUUAGCCACCUUACAAGACUGGCUUCAGAAAGAUUUUUUUCAGGAAACAGCAAAUUCCACCAGUGGCCAGUCAACACCCAAGAACAAUAAAGCCUGGUUUGAGCACCAAGAGAGAAUUCGGAAGGCUCGUAAAGCUGCCAAAUCCAUUACAGAUUUUGCCCGGGUCAAUAAAUCAAAUGAGAAUACCCGGUUCCUUGUGGCUUCUGUCCCAGAUCAGGACAACCCAGGUGCUUCCAUUUACCUCUAUGAAGAUGGGGAGAUGCUCAGCAGCAACUUUGAGCUGCCCUCAAAACCUCUCCCUGCCCUGGUUGGCCGAAUUGGACAUGAGAGUGUGCAGCUGACAUUUAAACCUGCGGAGUAUGGGAGGGCUGCAAUCUCUAGCUAUCAAGUAGAGUACAAGAUUGCAGGAAAAGAAAAUUGGAAGAUUGUGAAUACUGACGACAGUCAGGAGACAUUCCAAGUGAGAGGGUUGAGCGCAAACACAGAAUACCAAUUCCGAUACAGCACUAGGAGCAAACCAGGACUUAGUGAGACCAGCAAUGUGAGUAAAUCUGUACAGACACGUCCUACCAGCCCUCCUGGGAAACUGAGAGUGAUAAUCGCAGAGUCUUCCACAAUCACUGUAGCCUGGGAGAGCCCAAAGGUCAUUGGACAGGGAGCUGUUAUAAAGGAAUACAAAGUGGACUACAGUGAAGAGGCUGGAGAGGCAAAAAGCAAAGACAAAGAUGAAUGGGCUGAAAAAAGAACAGGGAAGAAAACAGAGUUCUGUGAGAUUGAUGGUCUGAAGCCCCAGACACCCUACAGAUUCAGAGUCUCAGUCAUGUGUGCCGGUGGGGCUGAGAGUGAGCCCAGCAAAGAGAUUGAGGUUUCCACAUCACUGGAAGGAGACGAGAAGAGAAUAGCUUGUAAAUACCUCCAAGACAGCACCCGCGUGGAGGAUGGGCCACCAGCAGUGUAUGCUCUGCCACUGGAGCCCAUACAGGAUGCCUCUGGAUCCUGUCUAACAUACCAGCUAGGGAAAGAGAACAUUCAGGUCCCCAACAAAGUGAUUAUGGUGAUGGGGGCAACAGGGUCAGGGAAAACCACUCUCAUCAAUGGGAUGAUCAACUACAUCCUGGGCGUGCAAUGGGGAGAUGAUUUCCGAUUCAAACUUAUUCCUGAAAAUACCAACAGAAGCCAAGCUCAAAGCCAAACAUCAGAAGUGACUGCCUACGUUGUCCACUACUGCAAGGGUUUCCAAGUCCCCUAUUCCCUCACCAUUAUUGACACUCCAGGAUUUGGAGACACAAGAGGAAUAGAGCAUGACAAGUUGAUAACAAAGCAGAUCCGGGAGUUUUUCUCCUCCCCAGGGGGCAUUGAUCAUAUAGAUGCCAUCUGUAUUGUCGUCCAGGCUUCUUUAGCUCGUUCAGCUCAUGCCCAGAGAUACGUCUUUGACUCUGUGCUCUCCAUCUUUGGCAAAGAUAUAAAGGACAACAUCCAAGUCCUGAUCACAUUUGCAGAUGGACAGACCCCUCCUGUUCUCGAGGCCAUUAAGGAAGCCAAUGUACCAUGCGCUAAGGAUGCCAAGGGCACCCCUGUGCACUUCAAAUUCAACAAUUCAGCACUGUUUGCCAACAAUCCUGUGGAGCCGGGAGGCAACUUCAAUUUUGAUGAAAUGUUUUGGAAAAUGGGCACCAUGAGCAUGAAGACCUUCUUUGAUUCAUCCCACACGCUAGAAAGCAAGAGCUUAACAUUGACAAAGGAAGUGCUCAGGGAGCGAAAAGAGCUUGAAGCUGCUAUUGAAGGGUUGCAGCCCCAAAUCAAAGCUGGACUGGCCAAGCUGGAAGAACUGAGGAAGACGCAGGAAGCCCUGGACAAGCAUAAGGUUGACGUGGCGGCAAACAGAAACUUUACGUAUGAGGUAGAGGUAACUGUACCAGUGAAGACAGAUAUAUCUGGCACGGGAGGAUACGCAACUAAUUGCAUGAAUUGUCAUUUCACCUGUCGCUACUAUCCUAGUGGAAAUUUUUUUUUUUUUUUACUUCAGAACACAGAAAGAUGCACACACUGUCCAGGCCAGUGUGUGCGGAGUGCACACAUCAUUCAGAAAUACAAAUUUGAAUACACAACAAAAAAAGAGAGCAGGACCUAUGAAGAAAUGAAGCAAAAGUAUGAACGUGCCUCUGGUGAGGUGAAGACCACAGAGAAAUUGCUUAAAAAUCUUAAUGAGGAAUAUGAAGAAGUGAAACACAUCUUAGAAGAGCUUAUCCAGAAAUCACCUCAAAACCUCCAGCGCCUUCAGGCGAUUGCACUGAAGCCCAACCCACUCUCUACCCCAGAGUACAUUGAUCUGCUCAUCAUGUCCGAAGAACAGGAGCUGAAGCCUGGAUAUCAGGAGCGAAUCCGGUCCCUGAAGGAAGUGAGGGAAGUAGCUGAGUUAAUACAGAAAAUUGCCAACAAGGAGCCUCUGCUGCCUGGAGAGUAGAAGCUGUAUGAUCAAAGUGAAGUAAAAAAAGUCCUCUCUAUCAGGCAAAAUUAGGAAAAUGGGGAAAGUUGUUCCAAACUGGUUUAAAUAAGUGGGUCAUAUAUAGCUUUUCAGGCACCCUUUGUUUGCUUUUGGCUAUCAGCAGAGAGCUCAGGUUCUGUGAGUGUAAUUCAGACCAGAGUCUCUUGCUCUCUGUGCGUAUUUGGGUGAAGGUGGCUAUGGAAACAUUUGUACCUGUCGUGAGGUGAGCUUAUCCACUUCUUCAUUUGCCUGGCCAGUUUCGCUCGGGGAAACCUGAUCUUUAGUGCUGAAUCAGAACUAACAGCAAUCGGGUUUUCUGUGGAAUGCCAUUUGUUCUGAUUUAGUGUUAAAGAGCAGGCUGGGGGUAAGCAGUGGGGCAAAGGCAAAAUUGCUUGGAGCUGUGCCUGGAAAGUGUGAGACGAGAGGAAAACUGCUCAGAACCAUGCUUCCCAGGCACGAAACAGACAGAAGUGUGAAGGAGCCCUUUGCUGCUGCAGACAAAAUGCUUCCCAGUCAUUGUUCCUACCAGCUUAUUGUCUAAUUGGUGUUGGGUGAAAUGCUGUUCUCUCCAGGGAUUUGUAUUAUCUCCGAUGACUGCCAAUAAUAAUAAUAGGGAAAGUGAAUGGGGUCUCAUAUGGAAGUGCUGCUUCUAACCACCACAGCAUAAGAAUGUGCCCAUAAAUCUGCCUGCCCUAGCAGUCUUUGGAACGUGAUUGGAAACUUGGGGUGUUGCAGGAAUGCUCUUGACAGGAGCUGAUUAUGGCUCCUUUGUUCUAGCAAGCUUUUGACCUGCCUGAUUGAUCUCUCUCCCAUUCUGAGACAUUGCUUAUUCUGUAUUGUUCCUUAUCCAUAGAAUCUUAGAAUUGUAGAGUUGAAAGAGACCCUGAGGGUCAUCUAGUCCAACGCCUGCAAUGCAGGAACUCAACUAAAGCAUCCAUGACAGAUGGCCACCCAACCUCUGCUUAAAAACCUUCAAUAAAGGAGAGUCCACAACCUUCAGAGGCAGCCUCUUCCACAGUCAAACUACUCUUACCAUUGGAAAGUUCUUCCUAAUAUUUAGUCAGAGCUCCUUUCUGGUAACUUGAAUCCAUGGGUCUGGUUCCUACCCUCUGGAGCCCUUCAGAUAUGAAGAUGUUUCUCCUGUCUCCUCUUAGUCUCCUCUUCUCCAGGCUAAACAUACCCGGCUCCCUCAACCGUUCCUCAUAAGGCUUGGUUUCCAGAGUAUAUUUUCAACUGGCGACUGAUUGGAAUCUCUGUGGGUGUGAUUACUUGUAAUAUUUCAUAGAAUCAUAGAAUCAUAGAGUUGGAAGAGACCACAAGGGCCAUCGAGUCCAACCCCCUGCCAAGCAGGAAACACCAUCAGAGCACUCCUGACAUAUGGUUGUCAAGCCUCUGCUUAAAGACCUCCAAAGAAGGAGACUCCACCACACUCCUUGGCAGCAAAUUCUACUGUCGAACAGCUCUUACUGUCAGGAAGUUCUUCCUAAUGUUUAGGUGGAAUCUUCUUUCUUGUAGUUUGGAUCCAUUGCUCCGUGUCCGCUUCUCUGGAGCAGCAGAAAACAACCUUUCUCCCUCCUCUAUGUGACAUCCUUUUAUAUAUUUGAACAUGGCUAUCAUAUCACCCCUUAACCUCCUCUUCUCCAGGCUAAACAUGCCCAGCUCCCUUAGCUGUUCCUCAUAAGGCAUCGUUUCCAGGCCUUUGACCAUUUUGGUUGCCCUCCUCUGGACACGUUCCAGUUUGUCAGUGUCCUUCUUGAACUGUGGUGCCCAGAACUGGACACAGUACUCCAGGUGAGGUCUGACCAGAGCAGAAUACAGUGGCACUAUUACUUCCCUUGAUCUAGAUGCUAUACUCCUAUUGAUGCAGCCCAGAAUUGCAUUGGCUUUUUAGCUGCUGCGUCACACUGUUGGCUCAUGUCAAGUUUGUGGUCAACCAAGACUCCUAGAUCCUUUUCACAUGUACUGCUCUCAAGCCAGGUGUCCCCCAUCUUGUAUUUGUGCCUCUCAUUUUUUUGCCCAAGUGCAAUACUUUACAUUUCUCCCUGUUAAAAUUCAUCUUGUUUGUUUUGGCCCAGUUCUCUAAUCUGUCAAGGUCGUUUUGAAGUGUGAUCCUGUCCUCUGGGGUGUUAGCCACCCUCCCAGUUUGGUGUCAUCUGCAAAUUUGAUCAGGAUGCCCUUGAGUCCAUCAUCCAAGUCGUUGAUAAAGAUGUUGAAUAAGACCGGGCCCAAGACAGAACCCUGUGGCACCCCACUAGUCACUCUUCUCCAGGAUGAAGAGGAACCAUUGAUGAGCACCCUUUGGGUUCGGUCAGUCAGCCAGUUACAAAUCCACUGAGUGGUAGCAUAGUCAAGACCGCAUUUUACCAGCUUCUUUACAAGAAUAUCAUGGGGCACCUUGUCAAAUGCCUUGCUGAAAUCAAGGUAGGCUACAUCCACUGCGUUCCCUUCAUCUACCAGGCUUGUAAUUCUGUCAAAAAACGAGAUCAGGUUAGUCUGACAUGACUUAUUUUUCAGAAAUCCAUGCUGACUAUUAGUGAUCACAGCAUUCCUUUCUAGGUGCUCACAGACUGUUUGCUUAAUCAUCUGCUCCAGAAUUUUCCCUGGUAUUGAUGUCAGACUGACUGGGCGGUAAUUAUUUGGGUCCUCUCUUUUCCCCUUUUUGAAAAUAGGGACAACAUUUGCCCUCCUCCAGUCUGCCGGGACUUCGCCUGUUCUCCAGGAAUUCUCAAAGAUGACUGCCAGUGGUUCUGAGAUCACAUCUGCCAGUUCUUUUAAUACUCUUGGAUGCAGUUCAUCUGGCCCUGGAGACUUGAAUACAUCUAAACUAGCCAAGUAUUCUUGUACUAUCUCCUUAGUUAUUCUGGGCUGUGUUUCCUUUGCUGAAUCAUUUGCUCCAAAUUCUUCAGGUCGGGCAUUGUUUUCUUUAUCGGAGAAGACUGAGGCAAAGAAGGCAUUGAGGAGUUCAGCCCUUUCUGUGUCCCCUGUUUGCAUUUCACCAUCUUCUCUGAGUGACCCCACUGUUUCUUUGUUCUUCCUUUUGCUACGAACAUACCCAUAAAAGCCUUUUUUGUUGCUUUUAACCUCUCUAGCAAGCCUGAGUUCAUUCUGUGCUUUAGCUUUUCUGACUUUGUGUCUACACGUGCUGGCUAUUUGUUUGAAUUCCUCUUUGGUGGUUUCCCCCCUUUUCCAUUUUUUGUACACAUCCUUUUUAAUCUUAACUCAGUUAAAAGUUCUUUAGAUAGCCACCCUGGCUUCUUUAGGCACCUUCCAUGUUUCCGUCUCAUUGGUAUUGCCUGACGUUGUGCUUUUACUAUCUCCCUCUUAACAAACUCCCAGCCAUCAUGAACUCCCUUUCCUUUUAGUAUUACUGUCCAUGGGAUCUCACCCAGCACUUCCCUAAGUUUUAUGAAGUCGGCUUUCUUAAAGUCAAGAAAUUGAGUCCUAGUAUGCUUGGCUGCUCCUUUCCGCUGUAUAGUAAACUUCAGAAGAGCAUGAUCACUCGCGCCUAAUGAUCCUUCCACUUCUACCCCACUAACCAGGUCAUCAACAUUGGUUAGGACCAGAUCUAAAAUGGCUGUUCCUCUUGUUGCUUCUCCCACUUUCUGGACAAUGAAGUUGUCUGCAAGGCCAGUGAGGAAUCUGUUUGACCUUAUGCUCUUGGCUGAGUUUGACAUCCAACAAAUAUCCGGGUAAUUGAAGUCCCCAUUACUACUAUCUCCCUUCCUUUUGCAUGCUUGGCCAUCUGUUCCAGGAAGGCAUCAUCUAUGUCCUCCGUUUGGCUUGGGGAUCUAUAGUAAACUCCCACAAUGAGGUCACUGUUAUUCUUCUCUCCCUUAAUUUUGACCCAAAUGCUCUCACUUUGGCUUUGAGGUUCUAAAUCUUGGAUCUCUUCACAGGUAUACACAUCCCUGACAUAUAACGCCACUCCUCCUCCUUUCUUGUCUGGUCUGUUUCUCUGAAAUAGAUUGUAUCCCUCCAUUAUUACAUUCCAAUCGUGGGACUUAUCCCACCAGGUUUCAGUGAUGCCUAUUAUGUCAUAUUUAGUUUGCUGUACCAAGAGCUCAAGCUCAUCUUGUUUAUUUCCCAUGCUUUGCGCAUUAGUGUACAGACAUUGAAGUCCAUUAAUCAUUCCUCCGUGUCUCUUAUUUAAGGAUUUUUUCCUCCCACCACUAGGUCUGCGUGCAGUUUGCUCCAUUUGGUCUAUGACAUUUGAAUGAUCAUCUUCAUCAAUUGAUAGACUCCUACC